AUGCCCAGUUAUAACAAAGGAUCCUCACAAACGAGCUCCGACAAGAAGAAGAAGCCUUCGCGGGAUGAGCAUGGCCGCCACAAAGACAGGAAGGACAAGUCUUCACCCUCCUCUACCAGGCGGAAAUCCGCAAGUCGUGGAUCGAGUAACAGAUAUCGUCAUUCGCCCUCAAGCGGCCGCCAUCGUUCUUCCUCUACCGGUAGGAGUAACAGCCCUCUACCAACUGCCCCGCAUCGGUCAUCCAGGCGCAGCGGAUCAACAACCAGAAAUCCUCCUCCUGCUGCUGAUUCCAAACAUUCCAACGAAAAACUUCGAUUAGCAGACGGAUCAAGUGUCGGUUUGCCUUCGCCAGCUACUGCUCCUGGAGCUAUGGAAAGUUCAAGCUCUCAUUCACAUGGCCGCGAAAGUAGAAAAUCGGAAAGGGAAAGCAUAAGGCCACAGGAAGUAUCAUCCAAGACUGCUCCUGGAGCCCUAAAAAGUUCGAGCUCUCAUUCGAAUGACCGUGAAAGCAGAAGAGCAGCUACAGAAAUCAUCAAACAACAGGAAGCAUCAUCAAAGGCUGCUCCUGGAACUCUCACUGUUUCGAGUUCGCAUUCGAAUGACCGUCAAAGCAGAAAAGCGGAAAGAGAAAACAUGAGACAACAGGAAUCAUCGCAAAUGAAUGUGUCGAGUUCCCACAGCAUGGAAGACGAGUCGACCGUUUUGACUGCUCCCGGGGCACAGGAUGUAUCGAGCACGGGGACUGUCACUAGGUUGGCCUCCAGCAUUGGCAAGAAUCAGGAGCACACCAACAGAAGUCGCAAUCCGAGCAGAAACAAUAGCAUCGACACGGAGGAGCCAGAGCUCGGUCUCCCAACAUCACUGUUUGCAUCGCAUCAGAUGGGGACUUCGGAUCAAGACACGGUACCAUCCUUGUUUGGAUCUCAUCGAACGGCUCAUUCCAAUGACACGGUGCCAACAUUGGAAGCAACCGCCGCUCCCGACAUGGACGAAGAAAUAGAGCGUGCCCGUCGACACGCGAGAGAAGAAGGACGAAAGGAGGGACGAAAUGAACGGCAACGAGAAAACGUGGAAAUACCAGUGGGAGAUCUUCCGAUUGUUGUUGCAACUGCUUCAGAGGAAAAGAAACUCUCUCGAAAAUGCACCCUUGCCAUUGCUUUUGUGGUGCUCGUAGUGGCUAUGGGUGGAGGUGUUGCCGCUUGGCAAUCCGGAAAAUCGAGCGCCCGAGGCCAGAUUGUCAGACAAUACGCUCCACCUACGGAAGAGGAUUGCCUUGCGGUAUCCCAAGGACUAGGAGUGGAAGGGCAGAAUAACACGGCCUCCAAUCAAGUGGGAUUGGAGAUGAAUUUUGUCUUUGGAUCUGAUGUCAAUCUUGAAUUGCUUCAAGGGGAACUUGAAGCUAAGAUCCAGCGAAAAGUUCUACCGCUUCUUGUUGGAUGCGAUAUCGAUGGUGGCGUCUCCAUAAGAAGCAACUUUUUCAUCAUUGACAAUGCCAUGCUUGACAUGCUGACCAUUGGUGACCCUGCAACCUGCAACUCGAAAUCAGACCAGCUCUGUUCCCAUGUUUACAUGGAGGUGGAUGUCAUUUCAAAAGACAGCAAGGAACUGGACGAAUCUGUUUUGGAGCAAUUUAAGGACGUCUUUCAAGACGAGGCAACGUUGGAGCUAUUGAACUUGGCUUCACCUGUAGAAACAAUCAAAUCUACUAAAGUGUUUUUGGUACAAGCAUCCAGUUCCCCAAGCUCAAGCCCAUCGAAACAAGAAAGCGAGACCUGCACGGCAAUUGUCAAUGGCAUUCCUGUCCCAGGACAGGACGCUCUUACUGUGCAAGAGUACAACAUUUUGAUGGAUAUAGUUUUGGAUUCCGAGACUGAAGCAAUGGCGCCGCUUACCAUGGAACUAAAAGAAACGAUUCAGCGCUUCCUCAUGCCAUCUCUAGCGGGUUGCACCAAUCAACGUCGACGUCUCCAGAUAGAAACGUUUAUUGCCAACGCAUUGGUCGAUGCUGAAGUUAACAUUGGGGCUGCUUGUUUGCCGGAUUCAGAAAGUCCAUGCCAUCGUUAUGUCAUCCAUCUUGACAUCUAUGUUGAGCGUAUUGUUUCCACAGCUGAUUUUUCGGGAGAGAUUAUUGCAAAUUUCCGUGAAUCACCUUUGGUGGAGCGAUUGGGGCUACUGUCGCCGUUCAAGAACAUUAUUGUUGUGGAAUACGUUCCGGGCCCCAAUGAAUUUACAAGUACAACUGCCCCUCCAACAUCAGUCCCACCAACUCUAUCACCUUCAGUGAAUCCAACGUGGGCGCCAGUUACAUACCCCACGACAAACAAUCCUACUAGGUCGCCGACAACAACACCGUCAUUGAAUCCAACAAGGACUCCAGUAGCAUUCCCCACGACCGAUGACCCCACAUGGUCGCCAACUCCAAUUAGGACAAGAGGUCCUACAAGUAGGCCAACUCCUAUGCCAACAUUACUACCAUCUGUAGUUGGUCCAACCUCGGAGCCUACGCCAUUCCCAACACCUGACCCGACCCCUGAUCCAACACCUAGCCCAACACCUAGCCAAACACCUGUUCCAACUCUGUCCCCUACGGACAAUCCCAGCAAAUCACCGUCGGCUGGUCCUACACCAAAGCCUUCUUUGUCACCAACACCUGAACCAACGCGUUCACCUACCGCCAAGCCUUCUGUGCGACCAACGAGGCAGCCCUCUACUCCACUACCGACACCACAGCCUUCCACUUCACCUACGGCUCGUCCCAGUGCAACACCAAAACCAUGUUUUGCAACCAGCACUGAGCUAUCGGAUGCAAUAGACAACUAUUUUGAUACCGAACUCAAGGCUUCAAUGGAGGCCCAAUAUGGAUUGAUAAGGAACUGGUGUUUCGGUACAGGCGUGGCCAGCAUGGAGGCCCUCUUCAAGGGCCGUGAAAGAUUCAAUGAAAACUUGUCGUUAUGGGAUGUCUCUUCUGUCACCACGAUGCGGUUUAUGUUCGACGGGGCAACAUCUUUCAAUCAAGACAUAUCAGCAUGGGACGUUUCUUCCGUUACUGACAUGGAGGGGAUGUUUCUGGAGGCGUCAUUGUUCAACCAAGACUUGUCACAAUGGGAUGUUUCUUCUGUCACCAAUUUGCAAAGCAUGUUCCAUGAAGCAUCUUCUUUCAAUCGAGACAUAUCAUCUUGGGACGUUUCGUCUGUGGUUCAAUUGGACAAAAUGUUCCAAGAAGCAACAUCUUUCAAUCAAGACAUAUCAUCGUGGGAUGUUUCUUCGGUCACUGAUAUGUCUGACAUGUUCAAGGCUGCAUUAUCCUUCAAUCAGGAUCUUUGUGUGUGGGGCUCUCGCAUUCCGAUCGAUGAGGCAAGUGUUGGUAGCAUGUUUGACGACGCCAUCAGUUGCCCUUCACAAGAAACAUCCAAACCAGACCUUUCUUUGAGUCCACCGGGCCCCUUUUGUUACACUUGCUAA